GGCUAUAUAUAAACAGAGGGAUGAGUGGUAGAAUUAGGAAGCAUUGAUGAUCUCUUUGAAGGCUUAUAGAGUGUGAUUGUAGAAGAGUCCAGAAUUGUUGUUUGUUGUGAUGGAUGGAAAAUGGAAGGUGUCAAAGCAGAAGGAAACAACAAGUUCCAAGUUCUCUCGGAGUUGCUCAACAAGAAGCACCACCUCAAACUCUCCUCUUCUCAUGAGAAGCAUAUCACACAAGAGUUCCUCAUCUUCUUCCAAGUGCAAUAACAACAACAAUCUUCAAAGAAGCUUCUCGCAGAAGAACACGUCAUCACCAGCAUCCAUUGGUCGCAAAUGCACCAAUAUAGCCAAAGAACACAAAGCAAGGUUCUACAUCAUGAGGCGCUGUGUCGCCAUGUUAGUUUGCUGGCACAAGCAUGGUGACUCUUGAUUCUUCCAAAUUACUUUCACAAAUUUUGAAUCUCUUAUACAUUAUUAUAGAUACUAGAUUUCAUUAUUGCUUUGUAAUUAGUUCAUUAAUUAAGUUAAUUAGCUGAGUUAUUAUAAUCUGAUUUCUGAUUUGAACAACAUUCAUGGAAAUAUAUAUAGUUCAUACAUCAACUAUUAUUCUCUUCUAUCUAUUCAUUUUUUGGAUCUUCACUGAAAAUGGAUCUUGGUUUCUUUUUCUGGAUCUUCCUAUUUUACCCCUCAGUUUUGUUUCGUUCUGUUAUUUCCUUUUUGUUAGUCUUCAAUUGAGCGCGUGACAGAGGGAGAGCGGAAACUUUGCAGUUUGAAGUUAGAUGAGGCUCGAACAUCGAUGUGCCACUGACAUAUGUGAAUUUGAUGGCACUGUCUGUCAUUGUAAAAAGUCCGCAUCUUUCUUUUUUCUUUUCCCUAUUUGUCCCCACUCAUUUCAUUAAUUACUUCAUUUCGUAUAAUUCCAAAAAUUGCGUGAAAAUAACCGUUUGGAAUUAUGCGACGUUUUUCUUUC